AUGAAGUCCAUUCUGGCUAUCCUUACGCUCGCUGUUGGCCUUGCCAGUGCCGACACUUUAACCAUUGAGCUACACGCCGGCAGUUGCUCUGAUACUGCUUUCCAAACCUUCACAAUUGGAAAUGUUGGUGAAUGCCACCCUGCUCAUGAAGCAUUCAACUUUUAUGUCCAGCGCAACAUCGCCCAGAGUUUCUUUGGCCGCAAUCUUGGAAUCCGGGCAUUCCGUAACGGCGACUGCACUGGCCCAUUCAGCACCAACUCGUUGUCUAAUGCUCGCUCUUGCGUUUCAGCUGAAGGCGCUAGCUUUAUGCUCACGAACAUAAACUAA